AUGAUGCAUAGAGAGUCUUGUGCCUGUGGGAUGGACAGUUUAGAACUGUUUCAAACCUCGCCUACGAAUGUUACUUUAGAAGAUUCGAAAUGGAUGGAAUAUUACCCUAUAUCCAGUACCCUCCAAUCGGACACGGCCCCCAUUGAAUUUGAAAUCAAGGGUCAAGGAGAUGAAUACAUUGAUCUCUCACAAACUUAUCUCCAAAUGGUGUGUAAAUUCACCAAAGACGACGGGAGUAAUUUGACGGGAGACCAUAGUACUUCGACUCCCGUUAAUAACAUCUUACAUUCAUUGUUCACGGAAAUCGAUGUGAGUCUCAAUGGGAAAAUCAUUACCCCGGGAACGGACACCUAUCCCUACAAAGCCUACUUUGAGAAAUUACUAUCUUAUCAACCCAGAACAUUAGAGACUCAGAUGAAAGCCUGUAGUUUGUGGGUCAAAGAUACCGCUGGACACAUGGAUGAUCUCAAGUAUGCCGCCGCCACUCAAGCAAAAACUGCUUUUGCUGUCGCAGAUGAUGAGGUGAACAUCGAUGCGACACAAUUAGCCUUGACCUACCCCAAUGAGUCUAAGAAUGACGGAUUGAGAGAACGCCACAAGGCUAUAGACGCUAGCAAAAAGAUCGUGUUGAUGGAUCGUUUACACAUAGAUUUGUUUCAACAAGAGAAAUUUCUGCCUAAUGGGGUAGAUGUGCGCCUCCGAUUUAAUAGAGCGAAACCCCAAUUCUACAUGAUGACAGCCGCCUUGAGUAGUGGUAAAGUUUCUAUUCAAAGUAUCGUGAUGUGGGUGAGAAAAAUCAAACCUACCCCUGCCAUACAGAAUGCCAUCAAUCAGCGCUUGAAUUCAGAGACAGUUAAAUAUCCGCUGAGAAGAGUAGAAGUGAAAACCUUUACGAUCGCCACGGGGUCACAAUCAAAAAUCACCGAUCAUCUGUUUCAAGGACAAAUGCCUAAACGUGUUCUCUUAGGCUUUGUAGAAAAUGCCGCUUUCAACGGAGAUGCUACUAAAAAUCCUUUUAAUUUUAAACACGAGAACAUUAAGAAAUUAGAAAUAAGUAUCAACGGAGAAACCAUGACCACUCGGCCCUUUGAGCCCGAUUUUGCAAAUGAUCAGUACCUAAGAUCUUAUUUGAGUCUGUAUCAAGGGCUGGGGAAAUUGGGAGGAGACUGGGCCCCAGACAUUACCCUGGAAGAGUAUAAAAACGGGUACACGCUCUGGUGUGUGGAUUUUACGAAAGAUCAAGAAGCUCAACUAGAGAAAUUUCAUCUAAUUGAAACUGGAAACUUGAGAAUAGAAGUUCAAUUUUCAAACAACUUAGUUCAGACUUUAAAUUGUGUGGUCUAUGCCGAAUUCGACAAUUUGCUGGAAAUCAACAAACAGAGAGAAGUCAACAUUGAUUACUAA